AUGGAAGAAUAUUGUCAACUUUGGAAGGACGUCAACUCUGAUCAGAGUUAUCUACUCAAAACUAAUGCUAAACAACAUGUUAGAGGGGAUGGAAGAAGCAGAGCAAAAUUUAGCUUGAGAGUCACAGGCUUCUCCAACUUCAAGCAAAGAAUGAAGGUGAGUCAGAAGCGGAAGGAAGUUGCUCCUGAUCUCCCACCUUAUUUGAUCACUUCUUAUAAUGAUCAAGCGAUGAGAGUCAAAUCUACCGCUAGAGGGAGUUCUAGAGGUGAUAGAUUGCAGUUUAUUUAUUCAGGCAAAACCUCUGGUCUCUAAAUGCAAGGGUUAGAUCUUGCUCCUCUCAGAAAUUUUUGAGAGGAGGUUCUAAGCAAGCCAUGAGAGGAAAGAGAACAGCUAUUUCAAAUAGUUGUGAUUUCAAAAUUCAUAAAUCUAUGAUAAAUCUUAAAAAGGCUUAUCCAAAAGUUCAGAAUAGUAAAUUUAUUGAGCUUUCUUCUGAGGGAUUGAUAAGAAGAGCCCCAACAAUCAAAGAAAUGCACGAAAGCUGAUAUCCUUCAAUUCAUAAAUUUUCAAAAGAUCAUAAUAAGAAAAAGAUAUCACAAAACAACCAUUCUAUCUCCACUCACUUCAAAAACCACCUUUACACCACCGCCAACCCUCCCUCCAAUCCCCCUGCCCCUACCCCUUCAAACCCCCCAUCCCCCACUCCUACCAACCCCAACUCCCAAAACCCUCCUGGCACACCCCACUCUUCCUCUUCAGGCACCUCUCCAAGCCAAGCCAAAGCCAGGUCCCGCACAGUUCUGACUGCACACAAGGCUCCUUUUAAAGCCAAUAAAGACUCUCGCUCUUCCAAUGUAACGCUUAGCAUCCCUCAGCAUUACAGUAAUGCACGUACAACUUUUGUUAAGAGAAGGCAUCGGAAGCCUGACUGUAACAGCCCAGGUGAACUGUAUUAUCAGGAUUUGAAGUGGAUGAAGAAGGCAAAUCCGGACCCGUUCUUGGCUGAGAAGAGGAAGGAAGAGGCUUCUAAAAUAUUUGUGGUGAAUUCUAGAAAGAGGAAAAUGAUUCAACAGAGUUUGAUAAUGGCAGACUGAGCUAAGGAGCAUUUAUUGCUGAAGAAAGUAUAUCAAAAAUUAAGUUUUUAAUGGUACAAUUUUUACCAACAAAUAUUCUUAGAAAUAAAAUUUGACUUAUAAACCCUCAAUGGCUUUAAGAUUCUUAAUGCUUGCAAAGCGCACUUAAAUUAUUUCUAACUUCAGACAUUAAUUUUUUGAGAUUCACUGGGAUUCUCUGCCUAAAACUUGGCUGCUCCUUGGAUUUUUAUGAUGGUUCUAAUACAAAGAUCUAUGCGGCAAUACUUUAAACCUUCUUUUAAGAAUUUUGGUAUAAUUUCCAAGUAUGAUUUACAAAGAGCAUUUAAUAACGAUUCUUUUUGAGAUCGUCAAAUUUCGUUAAACCUUCAGUAUUUAUCACCUAUCAUGAGAAAUUGAGAUGAGAUAUAUUAAUAAAUUUAGGCUUCAUUUCAACAGUAGAGUUUCUUCUAGACCUUCACUCAUUGACUUCUCUUGGUAAAAUUUCUCGUUACAAUCUAAGUUGAUCAAGAAGAAUAUGC